AUGGCUAACAUGUUCGAGAUGUCUGAUAUGGGCCUGCUCUCAAUGUAUUUGGGCAUUGAAGUAUGUCAAAUUGAUGAGUUUAUCUCACUUUCACAUAAGUUGUUUGCUCUAAAGAUUCUUAAAACAUUUGACAUGAUGAAUUGUAAUUCGUCAAUUACUCCUCUUGAAGUAAGACGUAUUUUUAAUCAAAAGGAAGGAAGAAACUUGGUAAAUGCUACCACUUACAAAAGCUUAAUGGGAUCAUUAAGGUAUUUGACCCACACUAGACCGGACUUGUCAUUCAAUGUUGGAUUUAUGGAAAAUUCAUCAACUGAACAUCUCAAGUGUCCUAAACAUAUACUAAGGUACAUUGAAGGCACCUUGAAUUUCGGUCUUAAGUACAAAAAGGAGAAAUUUUGUACUUGUUGACUUCUAUGAUAGUGAUUAUGGAGGAGAUACAGAAGAGAGAAAGAGCACGUCAGGCUUUUGUUUCUUUAUUGGCAAUAGCCCUGUGACAUGGGUGUCACAAAAGCAAAUAAUUGUCACCCUAUUGUCUUGUGAAGCUAAGUAUAUCUCACUCACUUUGGUAGCAUGUCAAGGUGUUUGGCUAGUUGAAUUUCUCGAAGAGCUAACUAAAUCUACUUCAAAUCAGUUAAGAUACAAGUUAAUAAUGUCUCUACCAUUGAGCUCGUGA